AUGAGGACGCUCUAUACGAUCUACUUCCUUUUGGCCGCUUCGUUCUUCGCGGGCAUUGUGAUAGCGGGUGUUUCACAGCUCAGCAAAGAUCGUCUGGAGACAUCGGUGGUUCCCGAGGUGGCAGUUCGCAGCAAGAGGCAGCUGUUGCCUAUUCUCGGGGGUUUCAAUGGAGUUUCCGGUUCUAAUGCUGCCGCGAACGCUCUCAGUCAAAACAUUGGUGGGUUAGGCUUUUCCAGCUCGAAUGCAAAUGCUAACGCCUUCAACCAGCAGAACGGUCCGAACGGAGCCGGAGCGUCGGCCGCCAAUGCGCAGGCCCAAUCGUUCCAGAGCAAUGGACCGCUCGGUUCGUUCGGUGCGUCCGCUGCCCACGCGUCCAGCAUGGCUAUCAGUGCCGGUCCGGGUGGGCCAGCCGGUUCGGCGGGUUUCUCCGGUAGCCAGACGUACAACUUGCUGGGAAUGCGACCGAUUUCGAUAGCCUAUUCCACCGGAUUUUCCUUCACCAACGGCAGGGUGGCUCCCGCGAAUGCGAUUAGCAUUGCACAGGGCUGA